GGACCCGGGCUGCAACGAGAACUGGUUAUGGCAUCGCACACCUCACACCACAUCACAUAUCACAUAUCACACAUCGCACAUGACACAUCACAUAUGACACAUCGCACAUGACACAUCACGCAUUGCAUAUUCGCGCUCCACACAUCCGCAUAUGGCACCGUCCGAACAUCCUCCUCCCCCGCUGCAGACCAUCAAACCUGCAGAGGAGCGCAACCACGCGGACCCGGGGCAGCCGCGACCACAGCCAGACAGAUAACGGGGGAUUGGAUCCCCCGCAGACCGAUCCUCGGCUCACCGCCAGCAGCAACAGCAAGAGCAACAGCAACAGCAGCGAAAAACAGGCAAAGCGCAACAACCAAAGCAGCAGCUCGAGCGUAUCGCAUAUCCCCGGAAGUUCCGCCUUGCCUGUUCUUGCCUGUUCCUUUUGUCCAUUUUGCUCGGGGAUUUUGCACGCUUCAGGAACAUCUUGUGCCAUGGCGGCUUGCUGCCAGCCAUCGGAUGGUGGCAGCUUUGCCCCGUGUGCUUCGGGCUUUGCGUGUUGGCUUGUCCUCUGCUUGAUGGUGGCGGUGGUUCAGGUGGCCCAAGGAUGAUGGCAGCUUCCCUUCGCAAGCAUUGCCUUGGUCAGGUUAUGAGGGUAUGAUCUCAGCCCAAAGCAUCAAGGUCCAAUGGAGUGUAUUUUUGGAGCAUCCAUGAACGAUGAAUGUUUGAGCACCCCUAGUGCCAUCAGAGUGUUGGACAUGACCGAUUUGAUACAAGCUGAAGUUGA